CCAACAUCAAUCACCUGAAAAGCCUUCCCACAUUUGAGCGGCGAGAGGCGAUCUCCGCUCGCGUUGCUUCUGUUCCCCAGUGACACCACGAGCACGAGCAGUGUUCAUUUCCUCACAGUAGUCGUUCACAGUCUUAAUGGCGGGUGAGAAUAGGACUGGAAGGGCAAUGAAUCCAGGGUUCCUUCAUCUCCAGAAGCUCGCCCUCGAACUCAAAUGCCCCCUCUGCUUAAACUUUCUGAAGAAGCCACAUUUACUGCCAUGCGAUCACAUUUUCUGCCGGUAAUCUUUUCAUUCAUACUAUUGCCAUUGGCCGGGUCCUUCCGUGGGUCGUGCCUACCCAAAUCCAAACAGCUGGGUCUGGAAUGCCCUUACUGUAAAGGUCCCUACGCUGAUGAAGAGGGUAAAAAAUCCUUAUGUUUGGUUGCAGAUAGUAGGCACCUGCCCUUGAUCGAGAACCUUGUGACUAUCUACAGAGGACUUGAUGCUGCUUUUCAUGUCACUGCAAUGCAGUCGGUUGGUUCUGGUGCUCCCCAGGUUUUAGGCAGCAACGAUGAAUCUCUGAAAGCUAGCUUCAACCGCAGCAUUCAUGUGCGAAAUUGCUCAUUUUCACCAAUGAGCAAGAAAUCCGAUCCUGUUCCAUCAACUCCUGUUGGAAUUGUGGCUGGAGAGAAAGGCAUGUCAGAUAAAUGUAGUUUACCUAGGGGCUUAAAAGAUAACGACAAAAAUGUGGUUGAGGAUGGUGGGCGCAAAGCUAAACCAAAUGCCCAGUCCCCACUGAUAGAUUCUCAGACAGGAACUCAAUCGAUGGAUGAGUAUGUAACUACGACUCUUGUAGACCAAUUGUCACUUGAUAGUCCUUCAUUUGGUGACCUCAAGGAUUCUGAGGAUGACAGUAAUGACCAAUGUGGUAAUGAUACUCCACAAAAUCAUGCCAUGGCAUUGGUCAAGCAGAGUUCUGUUGACAAUCAACGACGUGGGGGACAUGACAGUUCUGCUUCUGGCACUUCUGAAGAGAAUCUGAGGAAUUCUAAGAGACAAAAGUUGAACUAUAGUUCAAAAGAUACAGGUUUGCAUAUUGCUGGUCCUUUCGAGGCAAGGGAUUCUCAAGCCGAAAAACUGGCAAUAUCUGGUGUUCACAAUCAUGCAGCAUCAAAUCAGCUCCCUGCAAACGGAACUGUCUGUGGAUUUUGUCAAUCCUCUAGCGUCUCAGAGGAUACUGGCCCCAUGUUGCAUUACCUAGACGGGAAUCUGGUCGAAGGACAUGAAGCUACCAUGUCCACUGCAUUGCAUGUUCACAGGAUUUGUGUUGAAUGGGCCCCUCAGGUAUUUUUUGUUGGUGAUACUAUAAAUAACUUGAAGGAAGAGUUGGCUAGGGGUGCAAAACUUAAGUGCAGCAAAUGUGGGCAAAAGGGAGCAGCACUAGGUUGCUAUGUCCAAUCUUGCAGAAAAAGUUAUCAUGUUCCCUGUGCAAUGGAAAUUGCUAGAUGCAGAUGGGAUUUUGAGGAUUACCUUCUACUUUGUCCUGGCCAUUCUUCUCACAAAUUUCCAGCUGAGAAGUCCAAGCGUGUGAAACAGAAGUUGAAAGAUAAUCAGAACACGAGGGAUGAUCUUGAGUUGGCAAAAACAGUCUUGAAGCAGUCAAACCCGUGGAUAGGUUCAAAGAAGUGGCUUUUCUGUGGAUCUGCUCUUUCUGCUGAAGAGAAGUGUAUUCUAGCGGAGUUUGGCAACAAAAUAGAUGUACCAGUGACUAAAUUCUGGAGACCAGAUGUUACACAUGUGAUUGCAUCCACAAAUACGGAGGGGGCGUGCACUAGAACACUGAAAGUUCUCAUGGCCAUUCUGAAUGGGAAAUGGGUUCUAACAAUUGACUGGAUAAAAGCAUGCAAGGAGGCAAUGCAACCUGUCAGUGAAGAACCUUAUGAAGUUAGACUUGACAAUCAUGGAUCCUGUGAUGGCCCCAAAAAUGGGAGACUUUGUGUCUUAAAUAAUGCAAGUAUCUUGAUGAGCUAUUAGCAUGAGUAGAUUUAACAUCGAUUUUCUUUCGUUCUAGUUGAGUAGACCGUUACCAUGUCUAAUUAUGGCUUUGUCCUUGCUCGUUUCCUUGCAGGGUCCGAAGCUCUUCCACCAGUUAAACUUCUACCUCUCUGGUGACUUUGUAUCUGGUUACAGAAAAGAUCUCCAAAAUCUGAUUGUUGCCGCGGGUGGCACAGCAUGGGGGAGCAAGGAAGACUUGUUGGAGAUGAGCAAACAGCAAAAAGGUGGGGAUGGAGCUUCCCCAACAACAUUAGUUGUUUACAAUCUCGAUCCUCCACCGGGCUGCAAGUUGGGAGAAGAAGUGUCAAUUCUCUGGGAAAGGCUUAAUGAAGCAGAGGAUAUAGCUGCUAAAACUGGAUCUCAAGUUAUUGGUCAUACUUGGCUGUUGGAAUCAAUUGCUGCAUGUAAAUUGCAGCCCCUUGUUAGUUGAAAAAAAUGUUCAGCAACAACUCCCAGAAAUUUUAGCUUGUUUUAGGACGUGGGGGCAAUAGUUGGAACUGUGCCAUAUUGUAAGGGUUAUUAAGCAUAAGCUGUAUUGGGAUGAUAAUAAUACAGUAGUCACAUUUUGAUUUCUAAUGAAAGAGUAACUUUUGUAUUUCCUCCAGAUUAGACCUGUUUCAUUGCAUCAGCAACAGGAGCAGCAGCAGUAACAUCCCUUGUUUAUUAAAGAAAG